GAAAUCAGCAGAAACUAUUCACACAGCGUAAUCAGCUAGGUAACAUGGCGACUACAGUUGAAGUUGGAAGUGAAGAGUUCCCCAUUGAAAUGGAAGAGAAUGAAGAAGAACCAAUGGAAGAUGAAAUCAUAGAAGAGGAUACAAGAACACCAGAAGAGAAAGCCAAUGACAAAAAGACGGAAGGAAACACAUUUUAUGUGCAGAAAGACUACAAAAAAGCUAUUGAACUGUAUACAGAAGCUAUAAACCUGUGUCCCAAAUGUGCCAGUUACUAUGGAAACAGAGCUGCUUGUUCUAUAAUGCUGGAUAAAUUUAAAGAUGGGUUAGAAGAUGCAAGGACUGCUGUUUUACUCGAUCCAACAUUUGUAAAGGGGCACCUGAGGGAGGCCAAGUGUCACCUAGCUCUGGGUGAGAUUGAUGGAGCCAUACGAUCCCUAGAAGAAGUUACUAAGCUAGACCCCAAUAACAAGCAAGCUAAAAAUGAUCUUGUCACAGCCAGAGCUUGUUUCAAGUUCAUAUCAGAGGGACAGAAAGCCUAUGACUCAGGUGAUUUCAGAAAGGUUCUCUUCUGUAUGGAACGUGCAAUAGCUCUCGCUCCAGCAUGUUCAAGGUUCAAAGUUCAAAGGGCAGAGUCGCUUGUAUUAUUAAAGCGAUACAGUGAAGCACAGACUUCUUUAAAUGAUUUAUUACAAAGGGAAGGGAUGAACGCUGAUGCGAUCUAUGUAAGAGGUUUAUGUUUUUACUAUGAGGAUAUGAUAGAAAAGGCAAUACAGCACUUUCAGCAAACACUACGACUUGCACCGGAUCAUACAAAGUCUAGAUUAGCCUUCAAGAAAUGCAAGUCCUUGAAAAUUAAGAAGGAAGAAGGCAACACUGCAUUCAAGACAGGCAAAAAUCAAUUAGCAUAUGACCUGUACACUGAAGCUCUCCAGAUUGACCCUCUUAAUGUCUUUACAAACGCCAAACUCUACUUUAACAGAGCAAUAGUCGGCACACGGCUUGGUAAAACAGACGAAGCUAUUGAAGAUUGUACAAAAGCCAUAGAAUUAGACCCAAAGUAUACAAAAGCAUUUCUUAAGCGUGCAAAAUGUUACAUGGAAACGGAACUCUAUGAAGAAGCUGUACGUGAUUAUGAAAAAGUUCUUGAUAUGCAACCAUCAAAAGAACACCGGCAUUUACUACAGGAUGCUAAAUUAGAGCUUAAGAAGAGUAAACGAAAAGAUUACUACAAGAUUCUAGGCCUUAGUAAAAAUGCAUCUGAUGAUGAGAUUAAGAAAGCUUACCGUAAACAUGCCCUCCUCCACCAUCCAGAUCGGCAUGCCAGCAAAUCACCGGAGGAACGCAAGGAAGAGGAGAUCAAAUUCAAAGAAGUUGGUGAAGCUUAUAACAUAUUAUCAGAUCCGAAGAAAAAAUAUCGCUACGACUCGGGACAAGAUUUGGAUGAUAUGUGUAAUGGAUUUGCAGACUUUGAUGCCAAUAAUAUUUUUCAAGCAUUCUUCAGUAAUGGCCAAGGCUUCAGCGGUGGCCAUGGUUUUAGUGGUGGUCAUGGCUUCAGUGGUGGUCACGGAGGCUAUCACUCCUAUCCUGGCAGUGGCUACUCAUUCCAGUUUGGUUAACAACUUCCAGAAAGUCAUCAGGAAUUAUGCCCUAUAUUGAAUCCAGGUUUAACCUUUCUCUAACCAGAGCCCCACAACCUCAGCAGAGUUACAAGAGAGAUUUUAGGAAAGCCCAGGUAGAGCAGUUUUGAAUGGAAGUAGAAACAGAAAUACAGGAUUGCUUUAAGGAACUAUUAAGCAGCUGAUGAUACAACCGUGUUGAAUUGAUCUUUCUGUUCUAUUUUCAAUGGCCAAAGAAAUGGCUUUAUUUACAGAAAACUUUCUGGGCUGUCCUUAUUGCUAGAUAUAUAGCAAUAUUUUGAGGGCCUGGAUUUUUAAAGUGUAAAGCACAGCAUUACCAUAAUUAUUUUAUUAAUAAGAUGGGUGGUUAGUGGGGUUUUUGUUUGUGACCGAGCCAAGAAUGCCACUAGAACAAUGAACAAGAUUUGUUUCUAUUUUGAAAUGAAAUAUUCUAGUGGGUAUAAAAUUGGGGAAGGUGGUUGAUUAACUUGAAAGAUGAAAAUUGUGUGUUUAUAUAGACUUUUUAUAGCCUAUACCUUUUUUGAACAUGUUGCUAAAAAGUAUUCCACCUUAGAAUCCAGGAAUAUGUAUCUUAAUCCAAGAUUGAAAUCCAAAAGGAUUUCUAAAAAGUUCUUUUGUAAUCUAUUUUAAUAUAUCUUCUAGAUAGUGGUGGAGCCAGGGGGGGGGGGGGGGGGGGGGUAUGGGAGUGCUGUUGGGGAAACUCUGGUGCUGUUACUGAUUCAAGGAACAGUGCAAGAGUUAAUAUUAACACUUAAUAUUACAGUAGGUACACAUGAUUAUUACUAUACAUUGUUCUCAAAUUAUUUAAUAAUGUAAUAAAUGAAAGUGUGGUAGGACUAAUAUAUAACUUGUUUAUACAGCAAAUUACAUUUUUAAUUGCAAAAUUAACAUGUAAAAAAGUUGUCAAAUUAUUGCAGUGUUACCUGUCCUACUUUGCAAAUGAGAUGUAAUUCAUAUGCUACAAAUAUACAACUGAAUCUUGGUGGAAAUAUGGAGAUUGACAUGGAUGAUGUUAAUACAAUUAGUAUACUUUUCAUAGUACCACACAUGUGUUAACAGUAAAAUAAUUAGAGAAUGAAAAAGCAUGAUCUAUGAUAUCACAUGCCUGGUUCAGGCUCAUAACCAAGAUUCAUUAAGAGGUGGUUUCCUAUGGUAGCCAUAGGCCAAGAUGUGCCCUAGUGAGUUCUAGAACAGCCUUUGUGGGGUUGAAAACCUGGGGCUGAAAAAUUCUAGCAUGUAAAUGGGGAUUUUUUAUUAUUAUUUCAAUGUUUUUUUUUUCACAAAGGAAAGGGGAAAGUUUGGUUUAUGAGUGGGGGAUUGAUUACUCAAAAUGGAGGUUUGGCUGAACAAUAGCAGCAGCCCUCUGGUCAUGGGCCUCCAGCGAGUUUGAAGGUUGCACGUUGUGAAGGGAUCAUUCUGCAUCCAGUGGCCAGAUGUAAAAGUAAUAAAAUAAUAAAUAAUCCAUUGGAAGAUUUCAGUGUUGUUACGAAUCGUGUAAAAUAAGUCAUUCAUGAAAACAUUUUUCUUUUUGUGUAACAAAAAAAGAGCAACAAAAAAAAAAUGUUGGAUGCUGGAAUUAUGAAUUCAUGUCUGAAAACAGAUUAAUUACUUAUGUUAUUACAAAUUCAAAAGUGCAUUUAUUUGAUAGAUCACCAACCUUGAAGUUUGUUGGUGAAUUAAUUCUUCCAGAUUUGAUAAAAACUGAUCUAGUACUUGUUGUUUUGAAACUAUUCAGUCUACUGCCUACAGUAUGUGUUAUUGUAUUUGAGACAGGUCUACAAUUGGGAAGCAAUUUCAGAGAGAUUUGGUUUAAUGAGCUUUCAUAACACAACUUACUAUAUGUGACUGGCUCUGGCAACCCUGGAUCUUGUAUUUAGCUGGGCACAUUGAUACCCAUGGCUAGCAACAUAUUUUUGCUUGCUUUUACUGUAGGUUGGAGGUGUUAAGUUUGCACAUUGGAAUAUCUUUAUUCUCUUAGUAGCUGUAAUGUCAGAAAUUAUAACAAUAUUCCUGAUUGUUAGAUUUUAUUCAUAGACUCUUGAUAAUUGAUAACACUAAUAAUAAUUUAUUAGUUACUAUAAUUAAUCAAUUAUCAAUUGUUUGUAAUAAAAUGCCUGAUAUAUGUAUUAAUGUAAAUCUUUUAUCAUAUAUAUAUUGUUAUUGAUACAUUUUAUGCUGUAAAUCUUAAAUAAUCAGUUACUAUUUUCUUUAUACUGUAGCUUUGUUUUAGAUCUUAUGCAACACAUAUUACUCACAGGUUAUCACAACAAAUGUCCCUUGGGGAGGUUUAGUAACACCCCAAAGGUAGUAGUGGUACUAUCUGUACACUUGUUUCUAGUUACAAACCUCCCCCAGAGAAACUUGAUAUGCCACCAUUGGUAUUCACUGCAAUGUAAGUGUUUCGACUAUGGAUUAUUAAUGCAUAAUAAUGCUCUUAAAACAAAUUAAUUCUGGGAUUUUUUUCAUGUUACAGCUUUCCAUUUUCCAACAGUACAAGCAAGUCAUUUAACUUGAUGACACUGUUAGUGCCAUUACAUAAACCAUGAUCAUUUUGGAGUCCAAAAGCAUUUAUAAAAAGUAGAUGUUUUGUUGUUGUUUUUCAUUUGUUUUUGUCUUUAUUUAACCACCAGUCAAUGUCUUUUGAUUCAUAUUUUUCAUGUAAAUGUGUAUGGUUGAUAUUUUCAUGUGGCAAAAUAAAUUUAUUACCUAAUCUGUGAAAAA